CCCGACAGUAAGCAUUUGCCCAUCCAGAUGUCUGAACACAGCCAUCCAUCCAUCCAUACGCUGCCGUCUAUCUUAUCUAUCCAGCACAGCCCUCCCCGCCACGCAGCUGUCUCUUGAGGCUCGUCUUGGUCAGCUCAUAGAGAGCGAUUGCGGCAGCAUGAGAAACCGUCAGGGAGUCGCCCGCCAUCUGGGGGAUGGACACCACCUCAGUGCAUGCAGACAGGACAGCAUCUGACGCACCCUGCAACCACACAGCCGCAGCGAAACACAAGCCCGAGAAAUGUUUCAAGAAUGCGUGUGGAUGCGGCUUUGUGUGUCUCACCGUGUCUUCAUUGCCCACCACGGCCGCCCAGUUGUCGUCAUCAUGCCCAUGGAGGAACUGCGCACACAACAAAGAUGACACGCCCACAGAGAGAGCCACGUGCCUGCCCCCCUGGUGCCUCCUCCCACCUCCCACCUCGUUAGCACAUGGUGAAGUCCCAUACACAGUGAUGCCCAUUUGCUUCAUCUGCUGUAUCACCCUUGGCAGCGUGGCCUCAGGACAGUGACAGAUGUCAAAGUGGAACAGCGACCCGAUGCUCACGCGCGCCGCCCUGGCGUUGCACCCCGCCCACGACACGUCCGUCAUCACAAUCGACCGCAGACCGAAUGAGAAGGCCGUCCGUAGCAGAGUGCCGACGUUAUCAGCGCUGCGCACAUCGGCGAGAACGAGGAAUGGCGGCCUCAUGUUGGCCAGUAUGAGAUCUACUCGCUGCUCCCACUCCUUUAUCCUCUGUCCCAAGGCUUUUUCAGCCGCUGUGCCGUCCCUGAUUGACGGCCGCUUGACGCUUCGCUCGCUUCGCUCGCCCGCCAUGGGAUAGUCGGCGAUUUGGCUGCCUUGGAGGUCGAACAGAGCCCCAAUGGCGUGGUCGUGGUUCAGUGGCAUUCCCACAAUCUCGCCUGAUCACGUACGCGGCAAGACGAUGGAUGCAGCACACCAGAUUGCAUGAGUGAUCUUCUUCUUAUGCCUACUGAUCAGUGCUCUCGGGCAUGUGAGGACAGGCCCGUCGAGCGAGAGCGCCUCCAAGUCGUCCCGUAGCGACUCAAACAACCUGCAGCCAAUCUUGAUAGAUAUCCUGAAAGCGCUGAUCGAUCGAUGACUUUUGCACUCACUCACUUAUUCACUCAAUCACUCACUCAUUCGCUCACUCGAGUGACACGAGGACGGACAGGCACCUCUGUUUGCCCUGGAAAGCCCUCCUGGUGGCCUUGUCAGACAUGGCCACCACGUAGUUCAUGCCCCUGUCAAACAUCUCUCUCCUCUUUGCACUGUACACCAACUCAUUGCGGCCCUGUGACCACACGGAGGGGUGCACACAGACAGAAGCCAACACAUUGAGUCAAGCAAGGUCAGAGUCAGUACUAGGCGGAUCGGAUCUGACCUUUUUCAUCUUGUAGAGUUCCACUCGCUCGUCGUCAGCUGUUGCUAUCACCACGACCUCGUGAUUCACAAGACCCGGCGGAUCUGCGCAUCCGUUCGCCGCUCUCUCUUCUCCAUCAGCCGGUGCGUGGCAAGUGCUGUUGGCGGCGUCUGAGCUUUUCAUUUCCUCGGGAGGCUUUAACGCCGGCUUCGUAGCGCAGUGUAUGCGACUCAGGCCCUUCGUAGGCAC